UUAAUCUUAGGAAAAAGAAGAAGAUUUUUUUUAUAUUUUCGGCUUGUCAUUCUAGUUGACUUGUUUAAAAGUAGAAAGUAUUUGUGUUUCCUCCACUAUAAAAUGCAAACAGCAAUGAACGCGUAUUAUCCUGAUUAUUCAACGGUACCGGUUCAGCAGUCAUUCAGCCCCUAUGCUGAUAAUGGAGGGAGCGUAGUGGCCAUAGCUGGAGAUGAUUUCGUGGUAGUGGGAGCAGAUACACGUCUAAGCGCCGGCUUCUCCAUCUACACCAGAGACCAAAAUAAGUUGUUCCCCCUUUCAAAAACAACGGUUCUCGGAUGCUCAGGUUGCUGGUGUGACACACUAACGUUAACUCGUAUUUUGAAGUCUCGCAUGCAGAUGUACGAGCAGGAGCAUAAUAAAGUGAUGUCGACCACUGCUUGCGCGCAGAUGCUCUCCACCAUGCUCUACUACAAACGCUUUUUUCCUUAUUACAUCUCUAACGUUCUCGUGGGUCUCGACAACGAAGGAAAAGGUUGUGUUUACAGCUACGACCCUAUUGGACAUUGUGAAAAGACUACGUACAGAGCUGGAGGAUCUGCUGGGGCUCUGCUCCAGCCUCUGUUGGAUAAUCAAAUUGGACAGAAGAAUAUGGAGAUAGUAUCUACCGAGCCCUUGUCGAAAGAGAGAGCUCUGGCUAUAUUGAAGGAUGUCUUCAUCUCUGCAGCCGAGAGAGACAUAUACACCGGAGAUAGUGUUUCUAUCAAUAUCAUAACUAAGGAUGGUGUGAAAGAGGAGUCAUUUGAAUUGAGGAAAGAUUAGAGGAAUUUUAUAUUGAAUUUUCCUUCAUGAAUUUUUGAUUAUAUGAUUUAAGUAAGAA